AUGCUUAGAGCCAUCGUGAAACGUUGUCAAAAUCUUCGCUUUGUGUUCCGCUCUAUCGCGAAGCGUACCACCCCAGAAGAAAACGAGGAGUUCAAGGCACUCUUCCAAAUACUCCUCGCACAUUCUAAACACUGGAUCAUGGCUGACCUCAGCCUCGUUUCCGAUCUGAUACCCAUGCUUUCCCAAAUCCGCGGUCGCCUUCCCAAUCUUUGCCGCCUGUACUUUUCCUCCUCGUAUCCUGACGUCGACGUCAUCAAUGCUUUUGAAUUUGCGCCACGUCUAAUAGACUUGACUAUCGACUGGCAAUUUCAUCAAAAAACACAAAUUAUUUUCCCCGCCUCCCGAUUAAUCAACUUUGUUGAUCGCCGUAUCCCUGAUCCUCGACAUCCAACCCAUCCAUCGAGCCUGGAUAUCAUACGAAAUGCCUCUAACCUCCAAACCUUUCACAAUUCCGAUGCAUUGCCGUCGCGUAUUACGCCCCGAAUACGACACAAACAUCUCACUACCCUCAACAUUUGUGAUUCAGGCUUACUUGGCAGCCUCACGCUACCAGCCCUGGCAGAUGUCACCCUCGCGCGCCCACCUACAGGAUUCCCACCUCGAGCAGACAGACUCCAGGCUCUCCACGACCUCAUAUCCCACUCCCACUGUUCCCUUCCUCUCCCUCCGGCUACUGGAAACACCCUUGAACCGCUACCUUUCUGGCAUUCUCGAGCGCUCCCCCGAACUCGCAUCUCUUGA